AUGCCGGCCCUGAAGUUGGCGUACCUUGCCCAUGACCUGUCAGAUGGCUUGUUGAGUCACGAUUUGGUUGAUGUGAUAGACAGUUGGGUCGGAAUUGCGUCAGCAGCAUGUUCCGUGCAUCCGGUGUAUGUUCCAAGGAUAGGCCGUGAGCAGUGGAGGAGCAAUAGUGCCACUCAGCAGAGUAUGGAGUACAUUGGUUUUGACAGCAAGCCUCACUUCGCAAGUCAUUGCGUGAUGGCCACGAAGGUGAAUGACCAGGAUCACAUACCCGAUAAAUUCAAAACGGCAGAUUUUUCUGCAAACGGCUGUAACGUGAAGCUGAGGAGGGAAAAGUACAUCUUUCAUGGUCAUUUCCAACAAACCAACUGCCGCGGCCCGAAAACGACGGAUGCAUUCAAGGACCAAUGCCAAAAUAUAACCAUGCUACCCAAACUUGGGGAAUGUCAGAUUAUCCACCCAAGAGUUGAGCCAGUAGGAAUGCUGCUUGGCAAUGGGGUGUUUCUCCCGUGUUUUAAGCAGGCGUGCUUUAAUACUAUGGGGGAGAAGUGUAUCUUCCCGGAACUCCCCAAGACGAGUCCUGGGAUAGGAUACAAAGCAAAAUAUGAACACGUCGGUACGAUGUCGGACGAGUCCUCAGCGACAACCGCAGUGUUCCCAGGCAAGCAGUUGGCGCCGAGGGGGUCCAAAGGUAGUUUUAACACUACACUGGUUUGGGAUGCGGUGCUGAGUGUUCUGCCCAGUAUCAUCGCUUUGGGCGAUACCCACAUUCACAUGCUGGACCUGAAAGGACGAAGGAGGCUUUCCCUUCAACGUACACCAUCCAGUUGA